ACCCACUCUUUAGCCCAAUGAAACAUGUCCGAGUGAAACGUAACUAUGUCGUUUCCAGGAAGUGAUCCUCAACCGGAAUUCUUUCAACCGCCUACAAAUCAAUCUUGUCUCUAGUUACCAAAGCUAUGUCGUAAAAAUUCGUGAAAACAAAACAUCGCUUUUUUGGUCUUACUUCAAAAUUUGGCAUAAGGUUAGCACUGUGGUCAGGGUUAAGGUUAGGUUUAAAAUCAGAUUGUAAAACAAUACAUUGUCGAAAUGGGCGGUGGUUAAGCCUAAAUGGAAGAUGACAAUAUAUUUUCGACCUAGGGUUUACCAUAAUUAUGAAUUUGUGGCUGUGGUAAAUAGUGACGACACCAACAUAACGAGGCCCCAUCGGGAAGCAACAAACCGGCUUUGAGUAGAGCUCGAGCUCAACAACGUCAGGGCUGACGACAAAUUAAACAGGUCCUAAAUAGACACCGCGGGAAAAAUGGCGGACGACCCCAACGCAGCAGACAGGAACGUGGAGAUAUGGAAGAUAAAGAAGUUGAUCAAAAGUCUGGAAGCUGCUCGGGGGAAUGGUACGAGUAUGAUCUCCUUGAUUAUCCCUCCAAAGGAUCAGAUCUCCAGAGUGGCCAAGAUGUUGGCUGAUGAGUUUGGCACUGCAUCCAAUAUUAAAAGCAGAGUCAACAGGCUCUCUGUGCUCGGAGCCAUCACCUCUGUACAGCAGAGACUCAAACUCUACAAUAAAGUGCCUCCCAACGGCUUGGUUGUAUACUGUGGCACCAUUGUGACGGACGAGGGCAAAGAGAAAAAAGUCAAUAUUGACUUUGAGCCUUUUAAACCCAUCAACACUUCUCUGUAUCUCUGUGACAACAAGUUCCACACAGAGGCUCUUACAGCCUUGCUGUCAGAUGACAGCAAGUUUGGUUUUAUUGUGAUUGAUGGAAGUGGCGCCCUCUUCGGAACCCUGCAGGGAAACACCAGGGAAGUGCUGCACAAGUUCACUGUGGACCUACCCAAGAAGCACGGCAGAGGAGGGCAGUCUGCCUUGCGUUUUGCUCGUUUGAGGAUGGAGAAGAGACACAACUAUGUCCGAAAGGUGGCGGAGACGGCAGUCACGCUUUUUGUUUCCAACGACAAGGUCAACGUAGCAGGCAUGGUCUUGGCUGGUUCAGCUGACUUCAAGACGGAGCUCAGCCAGUCCGAUAUGUUUGAUCCGAGGCUACAAGCAAAGAUCCUGAAGCUGGUUGACAUAUCAUAUGGUGGGGAGAAUGGGUUCAACCAGGCCAUUGAGCUGUCUGCAGAAGUGCUUUCCAAUGUUAAAUUCAUUCAGGAGAAGAAACUUAUAGGACGAUACUUUGAUGAGAUCAGCCAGGAUACAGGGAAAUACUGCUUUGGGGUGGAAGACACACUGAAAGCACUGGAAAUGGGUGCUGUUGAGAUUCUGAUUGUCUACGAGAACCUGGAUACCAUGAGAUAUAUCCUGAGAUGCCACGGAGCAGAGGGACUUGCUAUGGUGGAGAAGGGUACAGAUGAGAAAACGUUGUAUUUGACACCAGAGCAGGAGAAAGACAAGUCUCACUUCACAGACAAAGAGACUGGGCAGGAGCAUGAGCUGAUCGAGAGCAUGCCGUUACUUGAAUGGUUCGCCAACAGCUAUAAGAAGUUUGGAGCCUGUCUGGAGAUUGUCACUGACAAGAGCCAAGAAGGAUCCCAGUUUGUCAAGGGCUUUGGUGGAAUUGGUGGGAUCUUGCGGUACAGGGUGGAUUUCCAGGCCAUAGAGUACCAAGGAGAAGACGAUGAGUUAUUUGAUUUGGAUGACUACUAGGUAGUUGAGACUGACAAGAAAUGAAUCAAUUGAAAGGCUUUCCCUGAUUUGACCGAGAUACUGGUGGAAGGAAAGCAAGUAGUCAGGAGGGAGACCCAGACCUUCAAAUAAAAGACAUGGAUGUGAUGCCGUAUAUCAACGUUUCCCUGACUUGAAGCAGCGACUCAUCACCUGGCUGGAUGGAGCUAGUCUUGGUUUGUUCCUCUCCACUCUACGUUAAUGACUGAUUCAAAGUGACUGACAGCAAGGCCACACUCCUCCUGCCUGCUUGGCCUUCUCUAGGCCACACUGAUAGGUUAUACAAAUCUAUUUUUGUCAUCACGCCCCACUUUCUUCUUCCAACUCAAUUUCCCUUUAUUUUUUAACAUUUUUACUGGUACCAGCGGCUGUUGUGUUUUGAGAUUCUGAUUCUGAUUAUUUUGUUUUCCUUUUUUAAAAUCAAAUUUAUGUAGAGGGCAAGGAAAUAAUGAUUAAAUUGGAGCUGCUUUACUAUCCCAUACCCAGUCCCUGCCUCCCGUCUCAUCCGAUCUUUAUUUCAGCACCUGCUUUAUUUUGUCCCAGCUCCCCCCUGGUAAUUUAUUCACUGUCACAGGUGCUGUACUCUGAGCCCAUACUGUUUUCUUGUAUGUUUUUUCAUUUAGAGCACCCUUGCCCUUUAUGACUCAUACAGAGUUCCCAGAGCUGAGAUUUAGGUUUCUACGUCUGCCUUUAUAUUGCCUUGUACACACACCACUCUAUUAAGCAUAAUGAACCAUGCCCUCAGUGCUGUGACCAUUCAUACUUUCACCCCCCCCCCCCCCCCCCCCCCUGUUCCACAGAGACAUGUGUCCAAUGUUUACUGUGAUUGAUUGGUCAGUUUGGCACUGUGCAAUUCAGACAAUGAGAGUCAGUGUGCUUGUUGCCAGGCAGUUUUGUAUGUCUUGUCUUCCAGGCAUGUUACUGGGUCGUGUUCAAUACUGAACGACCAGUUGAAGAGUGUGAUUAUGAUGGCCCAGGGGGCAGUUAACAUACGGUGUGCAGUAUGAGUUCUGUGAUUUUUUUUUUAUGGUCACAGCCAUGUUGAUCAGGCCACCACCAAAGCUGUUGAAGAACAGUAUGUAGUGUUUUUGGGGAAAUGUGUCGCGCAAUGUUGCAAACGUUGAAGUGUUCUGAAUGCACCCCUGGUAUGAGCACUCUAUAGGCAAGAAGAUUGCCCACCAGGGAUGGGGGGGGGGGGGGGGGUGGAUUGGUGUCACACUUUCUCCCCAUCCAUAGCAAACAGCUGAUUUUAAACUAAUUGCAUUCUAAACUGUAGAGCUUGUUAACAAAGCAUGUGAUGCCAAUAAUCAACAGGUGUAGACUAACAGUGAAAUGCUUACUUACUGGUCUUCCCAACAAUGCAGAUUUUUUGUUAAAGACAAAUAAUAGAAUACAUGGAAUAAAUACAAUGAUUAAUGAUAACUUGGCUAUAUACACACAGCGGUACUGAGUCUGCAGGGGUACGAGAUAAUUGAGGUAGAUAUGUGCAUAUAAGGAGGGAUAAAGUGACUAGACAACAGGAUAGAUAAACAGCAACGUUUGAGUCCGAUUUAGUGCAAAAACUGUCAAUGCAGAUAGUCUGGGUAGCUAUUGCUUAACUAUGUAAUUAACUAUUUAGCAGUCGUGGCUUGGGGGUAGAAGUUGUUCGGGGUCGUGUUGGUUCCAGUCAGGCGUUUCAGCUGGGGUUGGGGGAAAUGUGACAACAAUCAGGCCCCUGAGGACUAGAGUUGCCCAUCCUGAUCUACAUCAAUAGAAAUCUGUAUAGUUACAUUUGAGUACGAUGGUACUGGAUGUGAAUGACGAAUGGCUCUGACUGUCUCUAGUCUUUCCCCUACCAUUAUAUAUACAGUGGGGAGAAAAAGUAUUUGAUACUCUGCUGAUUUUGUAGGUUUUCCUACUUACAAAGCAUGUAGAGGUCAAAUUUUUAUCAUAGGUACACUUCAACUGUGAGAUGGAAUCUAAAACAAAAAUCCAGAAAAUCACUUUGUAUGAUUUAAGUAAUUAACUUGCAUUUUAUUACAUGACAUAAGUAUUUGAUACAUCAGAAAAGCAGAACUUCAUAUUUGGUACAGAAACCUUUGUUUGCAAUUACAGAGAUCAUACGUUUCCUGUAGUUCUUGACCAGGUUUGCACACACUGCAGCAGGGAUAUUGGCCCACUCCUCCAUACAGACCUUCUCCAGAUCCUUCAGGUUUCGGGGCUGUCGCUGGGCAAUACGGACUUUCAGCUCCCUCCAAAGAUGUUCUAUUGGGUUCAGGUCUGGAGACUGGCUAGGCCACUCCAGGGCCUUGAGAUGCUUUUUACAGAGCCACUCCUUAGUUGCCCUGGCUGUGUGUUUUGGGUUGUUGUCAUGCUGGAAGACACAGCCACGACCCAUCUUCAAUGCUCUUACUGAGGGAAGGAGGUUGUUGGCCAAGAUCUUGCGAUACAUGGCCCCAUCCAUCCUCCCCUCAAUACGGUGCAGUCGUCCUGUCCCCUUUGCAGAAAAGCAUCCCCAAAGAAUGAUGUUUCCACCUCCAUGCUUCACGGUUGGCAUGGUGUUCUUGGGGUUGUACUCAUCCUUCUUCCUCCAAACACGGCGAGUAGAGUUUAGACCAAAAAGCUAAAUUUUUGUCUCAUCAGACCACAUGACCUUCUCCCAUUCCUCCUCUGGAUCAUCGAGAUGGUCAUUGGCAAACUUCAGACGGGCCUGAAUACGCGCUGGCGUGAGCAUGGGGACCUUGCGUGCGCUGCAGGAUUUUAAUCCAUGACGGCGUAGUGUGUUACUAAUGGUUUUCUUUGAGACUGCUGUCCCAGUUCUCUUCAGGUCAUUUGGCCAGGUCCUGCUGUGUGGUUCUGGGCUGAUCCCUCACCUUCCUCAUGAUCAUCGAUGCCCCACGAGGUGAGAUCUUGCAUGGAGCCCCAGACCGAGGGUGAUUGACCGUCAUCUUGAACUUCUUCCGUUUUCUAAUAAUUGCGCCAACAGUUGUUGCCUUCUCACCAAGCUGCUUGCCUAUUGUCCUGUAGCCCAUCCCAGCCUUGUGCAGGUCUACAAUUUUAUCCCUGAUGUCCUUACACAGCUAUCUAGUCUUGGCCAUUGUGGAGAGGUUGGAGUCUGGUUUUAGUGUGUGGACGGACUGGUGUCUUUUACACAGGUAACGAGUUCAAACGGGUGCAGUUAAUACAGGUAAUGACAGGAGGGCCAACAGGUCUGUGAGAGCUGGAAUUCUUACUGGUUGGUAGGUGAUCAAAUACUUAUGACAUGCAAUUAAAUGCAAAUUAAUAAAAAAUCAUACAAUGUGAUUUUCUGGAUUUUUUUAAAAUUACAUUUUCAGUCUCAGUGUACCUAUGAUAAAAAAUUACAGACCUCUACAUGCUUUGUAAGUAGGAAAACCGGCAAAAUCGGCAGUGUAUCAAAUACUUGUCCUCCCCACUGUAGGUAACUGCCAAAAUAUAGUAAAUGAGGGAUAAAAAGUAUAUUGAAAGCAGGUGGUUCCACACAGGUGUGGCUCCUAAGAAUUCGUAUGCUUAUGGUCACGUAUAAAAAUGCUGGGCAAGCCCAGUUGCCGAUUAUUUGGCCUACCAUGGCUAUGCCCCCCAUAGGAUGACAAUGCUCCCAUCCACAAGGUAUGAGUGGGCACUAAAUGGUUUGAUGAGCAUGAAAACAAUGUAAACCAUAUGCCAUAGCCAUCUCAGUCACCAGAUCUCAACCCAACUGAACACUCAUGGGAGAUUCUGGAGCGGUGUUCUUCAUCACCAUGUCCAACAAAACACAAUGAUUGCAAUUCUCGUGUAAUAAUGGUGUCACAUCCCUCCAAUCGACUUCCAGACCCAUGUAGAAUCUAUGCCAAUGCGCAUUGAAGCUGUUCUGGCUCGUUGUGGUCCGGCGACCUAUUAAGACGCUUUAGGUUAGUGUUCCCUUUAUUUUGGCAGUUAUCUGUAGGUUUGACACAGCCCUGCCUGGCUCUGUUUCUCCCUGCCCGAAAGGAUUUAGUCACGGAACAUUUUGGUCAGAGGCACUGGAUGUUGGUUUGGGGGCCUUUGUGGCUUGCAGUGUCUAAAAAUAUAUAUUUUGUCAGCCUGAAUGUGAGCUAUAGGGGUGGGGUCUAUUGUCUGGAUCUGGCACGUAAGAAUGGGAUGGUUCUAUAUAGCUCCUGUUGGGGUGAGCUAUUUUAUCAAGUUAUGAAUGUGAUGUGAUGACUUUUCAACAUCAAAAGCCCAUGUUAUGACAUUUUCUGGAUUUGAUCUAUUCAUCUGUCACCAUUUUGUAUGAGAUGUAUUAAAUGACCUCAUUGUUUGCAAA